AUGAACAGUGAGCCGAGGUUCUUUGAAUACGUGGAACUUUUUGCACAAGAGGUGGUUGACUGUAGUUCACAGUAUGGAACUGACGGACGGACUGCAUAUGUUGCCGAAAAUAUUGCUGGGCCGCCUAAUAUUUAUCCAGUACAUGGCGAUGCAACAAGUUCUUUUGCAUUUGUAAGUCACGACACGCUUGCUUCCAGAGUAAAUGUUGGGGCACUUUGUAGUUUUUUUCAAUUUUAGCCUACCAUAAAGUGCUCCUGGAGGAAGUCGGCGGUAAGCGGCACGAUCGCGGUUACUCAUAUAUGAGUACCUGCUGCAUACUCAUGAGUAUGCAGCAGGUUCUCGGCCGUGGAGCAGCGUCCCCCCGGCGAGGGACGGCGUUUCCUAAUCUUCGAGUUUAGUAAUCCUUUCACAGACAGGUGGAGAAACCAUUUGAAAUGUUUCCAUCCUGUUCUUAACAUCUCCAAUCCUCGUGCCUGAUACGACUGUUCCACUUCGAUAUCAGACUGAAGCGUAGUGCAUUACUGCAAAGAUCGUGCAGCAGCUCAAAUGCUAAAAGAUCGCAUCGGCGUCUUAAAACUAUGUCUUCGCACAUAUUCAAACGAGUGGUUACGUUAUUUUGAAGGCCAGCGACCAUCCUGAUUCAUUUGUGCACAUGAUCAAAACAUACGCUUAACCAUUUUUUGCCCUUUAAUAGGUGGAUGUUCCGAUCAAAGGUAGUCAAUGCAGGUGACUGCCCAUCUUUGUUUCCUACGUAAUUUUGCUGAUGCAGGGGAUUACUGCUGGUUUUAUUCUACACUGCGCUUUCGCCUCCCCUUUAGCGAAACUAUGGCACGAGGUGGCCUAGCAUCUCUUCUUCAAUGUCUUCCAUAUCUGGUGGUGGUGAAGCUUAUCCAAGCACUGACUAUAUUGACUGCUUCUUCGACCGAGCGCUGAUCGUUACGUCAAUCCAAAUAUUUGAGACGUAUUUUCCCGGAGCUGUAGUGGCUAUCCGGGCAUGUUACAGAGAUCAACCAGCGGACAAACCUGUUAAUGCCCGAGGUCUUUAUUGGGUCACACUCUGGCAAGCCUCCUCUGAGAGUCCACAUAACGCAGUGACGGGGGAUAACUCUAUUCUUCCUGCUUCCGCAACGCAAUCAAUGCACGAAAUCGAGGCCCGAAUAUUUGAACCACCUUUUGUGAGUUUGCGAAAUUCCCUGCCGUGCCAUUCCCUUUUAUCUAAGUAGAACAGUUUUUGCCCAAUGUUCAGAUUGUGCAAUGUUUUACCCGACACAGUCGUGAGCGAUAGAUGUUUAUUCAUUAGACAAGUAAAUGCCACUGUCUCUUCCGCUGUCCAGCUUGAAAGUUUUCUAUCCCUUUAUUGCUUUGUUUUUAAGGGCAGUUACGCACAGAUACUGCAGUUUCGCACGUUCGUAGAUGAAUUAUAUCCCUCUUGCUUAUUGACGUUAUAUAAACAAUAGGUCGCCGUGUUAUUUACGUUAGACAGUCAUUUGAGUCAUUAAAAUCAGCCAAGACACCUAUUAGUUUAACGCUGGCUGCAGUCGUCAGAUGGAUUGGAGCUUGAUUGCUUAUGAAAAUCUGUUUUUGCAGUCAGCCUACCACAUUGAAUUGAUGGAUAUUUAUGCCACAGAGGUUAGACGGGUAAUUUAUCACAAAUACAAAGGACUAAAACCCUCCCUCCAGUUGGCAAAGUACUAGCACUACCGGGGCCUUGCCACUUGAACCCCGCCGAGACCACGUUUUACAGCCAGGUGGUCGGCUAACUUCAUCUAUUUACUCUGACAUUUAACAUGAUUUGUUGCUCCUCACCGUUCUACUGCUUUGCCUAAUGAUGCCGUUUGCCAAGUGACACUGGCUUCGCGGUUGCCGUCAGUCCACUGUUGUCCAAAACGCCGAUUCGUUUGAGCACUUUUCUACUUCAGUCAAUUCAACCAGUUACACAAAUUCUGAUUGGAAGCGUUAUUCACCAAACAGAUCUGGAUUUUUCUCGAGCACAAAGCUUGUGCGAAGUACAUUCGAUAGCCUAGAAAAUGCCGGUUCCACUAACAUUCAAGCUGUCAGGCAUCCAAUAUGCCGACGGAUGCUGGAAUGCAUAACCUCUUUACGUCUGGCGAUUUAGCAGUUGCCAGCCAAUUGUCAGCGAGGGCGUGAAGGGUAGCGUCUGGAAUACCGAUUGGCCUGCAAUUUGCCGUAAUCCUAGUUAACAGCAUUUUGUGUAACCACUGUUGGCAAUCAUUAAAUGAGCUCUGUUGCAACGUCUUCCUUGUGAGCUUUCCUAAGCUAGCUAGAUUGCUAACAUGGACAACCUCAAUUAAACAAUCCAGGUGGUUGCCUUGAACUCUCACAAAUGUGAAUUUCGUAUUAACUCCCAUGAUGCAGGUGUCGAUGCGUGAUAUUGCCAUCCAUGUUGCUUCGUUCACGGGAAUUGACAUUCCACACCCCUGAUCAAGUGAUACUGACUCCUCAGUUUAAAGUGGGCCUCUAGUUUUCCAAUCCUGACUGGCCACUGAAGUAGCCUGAUCGCACUUGGCAUCUCAUCAGUAAAUCGCGUAUUGGGUUGCUGUGGGCUUGGUUUUCGAUGGGUCACUGAAAACACUUUGUUGAGUUGGUAUAGAUUAUUUGCCCCCAACAUUGCUGCGAAUGUCUGCCAACGAUUGUCUUGCUGCCAGUCAGCUCAUGAGUGACUCUGACAUUUAAAGCGUAUAGUUGGUGCCGUCAAUUUUUUAAACCACCAUUCCAGAUAUGUGGCCCGGAAAUUUGUCAGAUUAAAGUUCGCGACAGAACAACGCGCAAAAAUCACUGAAUUUCAUUUUUUUUAAAUGAACGUUCUAUUGUCCUGGCGUAGAACGCGCACAAGCGCUACUUCUGUCAUGAAUCCGUCUAUGAAAUCAGCAACCUAUCAUUUGGUUUUCUUUUUAUUUUCAGGAGCAGAGGUUUUUAUUGAUUUGAGAGAAGCAUGGAAAAUGUUAAACAUGUGUACUAGGAUAGUUCGGCGAAAAAGUGGGAAGUCCACUGAAGAGAAUUGUCGCGAGCAUAGUCUCGUGGCUGUAGCUGCAGCGCCUGUAAGCGCAUUUGCAUAUGUAUCCGUACAAGGUGCAGUUUGUGCAUAAAUUAUUGCCUGUAGAUUAUCGAUAAUGGCCAGUCUAAAGUCCGAAUUUCAUGGGUGGAUAAAGAAGGCAUCAGCCUUUUUCGUACUUUUAUUAUGAAACAUAUGGCCCAGGUGGAUCUGUGAAUAAGCUAAGUGCUGUCUUUUUUUAGUCGGUAAAUAGUGCCGAAACUGGAACUGCUUAUGAAACAAAUCCAAUUUUUGUUUUCGAAAGCUUGGAAACCACCUCGUUCCUGCCCUAAAUGCUUCGUGUCGAAAACCUCACUGUCAUAAAAUAAGUAGGCGUAUAUUUCCUGAAACAGAAAACAAAAAUUCGCCAUCUCUCCCUCUAGCCUGGUUUGAAGGGCAGCACAGCAUAAAAUGGUCAUUCAACCGCUUGGCACCUCAUACUGAGGAGUACAGGCCAUAGAUUCGCCCGGAGUCAGUUAUCAUCGUGUCCUCUUGCGCCUUUAGUUAGACACCUCGAUUCCGUCAUGACAUUAUGGACGACUUCAGACCGGGGCUCCACAGGUCUGAACCAUCUCCGUCGGCGAGAAGCAAGGACCUAGUUGAGGCUUUGGGUUGCCGACGAGUUUGGCUGCCUCAUAAAUCCCUAACCUGGUCGCCAUGCUGAUAUCAUGCCAGUUGCAGAGGUUCCUGCGGGGUUGCCCGUGGGUAGUGCUCGUCGGAUUGAUACAGUCGUCUAUUUCAUUCUGAUCGUGCCUGUUUGACAGAAAGUUCGACCCAAAAUAACAAAAUCUGCUCACCGUAUGCCUCGACCGGACAGACAUGCCCAGCAGCAGUCAUAUUUCGUUUGUUGAGAAUUGUUUUAAACACAUUUCCGCCGCCCUCGCACUUAUGCUGGAUACCGCAUGCCGUACUUCUGCGAAAGACCUCCACGGCACAGCACCGUCGUCAGAUGAUUCAGGAUCCGUAAUGCAUCUACCAGACCUGCGGUAUCGCGAGGGACCAGAGGUUAUGAGGAACGUAGCUUUGGUGUGACAUCGCAGGUCGCCCUCCUGGUUCUUCUUGUUCUGAUUUCUUAAGUACCUUAUCAUGCAUAAUGAACGGGGAAAACUUUUACGAAACAGGCGAGUGAGUUGUUAGUAGCUGGGCUUUUGUCCUGUGGUUCGACGAAGCGAGAGGUGCUAGUCGACAAGUCCUCGCGAAAGAGAGGCCGCUUACCUGUGGGCAAGGACUUUCAGCUGGAGAAUUGGUUAGUUUAAGGCGUCUCGGGACCAAGUUGCUAUCAAAUGGGCAAGGGGGUUGACCUUAUCACUCUACUUAAUGCGGCUUAGAUUGAUCGAAGAUGUCCUCGUGCGCGUAGUAUGUUUAUUAAACAAUUCUAUCAGACAAAAUGCUUAUCAGUUUGAGCAGAUGUCUAUGUUGACUUAUACUCGGGCAGUUUCCUACGCUACUAGCUCAUCUAGGCUAAGUUUACUCAUCCAUGCAUAUUUUUCUGUUAGAGUAGUUUGACCUCGAACGUUUUGCCAAACGGAGCAACGUAACAUUCUUUUAAGUGUUCCUUUUGUGUUUUUAUUGUACUUAAAGUCGUCCCCUAUUCAUUGGGAGUUUUGGUCGAUCUAUUUCGGCCGUUUUUCGAGCAAUUAGAUGUUUCAUAAAUGUACGUACAGUAUGUGGGCUAAUUCAUGAAAUGUCAACCGAAAUUCCGAAAUGCGUUUUCGUUUUGAAAAGGUUCAUUAAAUAAGGUUGUAAAACCAAUCAUCACGUAGCGUAAUUCUAUAAUAACUCAGUUGCCUCAGGGUGUCGGCUUUCGAACGAACUUCUUUCCGGGUGUAUGCAGAAAUGGCCGUUCAUAAAACGUCAUAUCUCUGCAUUUACCAAUGUGGCUUGUAAAGUUAACAAUAUGGCUCGAAUCCACUGCUAAAUUUUAUUAACCCCAUAUGGUCUCCUCUUAAUACCGUAGAGAAAUGUAUGGAUUUCCGUACACGGAAAAUAUACGGCUUGUGGUUUGGAAACCCUGAAUGCAAGUGCAACGGCAGGUCGGGGUUCAGAAUUGGAAAAGUUUCUAAAAACCGAAUUAUACCCUUCCUUGGAGUAUAAAGUUAGAAUAGGACAUAAUUUUCUACCGAAUGAGCAAGAGGAUGAAUAUUUUUAUGCAUGUUUUCCAUGAAAUAUAAUAAAAUUGUUGGGGAUAUCGAAAAUCAAUGGGAAAAGUGCAUGCAACUUAAGUAGUCAUUUUUGCAGAGUAAAGUUGUUGAAUGCAGCCGGAAAGAAGUUAUUUCGAAAGCCGGCAUCCUGAGGUAACUGAAUUAUUAUAGAUUACGCUGUACGACCCUACUUACCUAAUCUUCUCGAAACGAAAACACAUUUCGGAAUUUCGGUUGGCAUUUUACGAGUUAGCCCACCUACUGCACAUGUCAUGUGUUAGGCUACGUCCUGUAUGUAUAUAUUUGUGUACGCGCGCGUAUGUGCGUAUCUUUUACUUUUUUCUUAUCCAGUCGCACAUUCCCUUGGUGCCCACUGACCUUAUACGCGUAGAAUUUGAUACGCGCCGGACUGCCUACUUCACCCAAGUGGAUGCCAUACGGGCGAAGGGAUACGCUCCGGUAUCGCCCGAUGCCGCCCAACGCCUGCGAGAGAUGAACGCUGGAGUUGCACAGUCAAAGUCCCGCACCAACUGCUAUCGUGUCCUCCUGGCCGACGAGACUGAGGACUCCUUCUCUUCUCCGAGUGGCGGGGACUUUAGCCAGCUGAGCAUAUCUCCUGCAAAAUGCCUCCUUCCCAAUGUGGUAGGUUUUAGAUUUUUCUUGUUCCAAGCCGAGACUGGCAUCGCACCAGCUGGUGCUCCACAUCUUAGCACAUUUACCUCCUUCUCCCUAGCCUGCCAACCCGGAUGACGUUGACGACACUCCCGACGGGCCUGCGACCAUUCUUCCCGGUCCUGAGCAGGUCGACAACGCUCUAAUCGCUGCCCGCUCCUCUCUCCUAUGUCCACUCUCAAUGGCAGUUUAUGACCCCCCUCAACUGUCCUCAAUAACACUUUUGACACAGUCUACACUCAUGACCUACCGAAGCUCGCAUUUCUACCGAAACAGUCCUCUUAUGUGUCUUCCGGUAGGUCGAUUUCAUUGUUUCCAUUACUUCACAUAACUUUAUGUUGACAAGAGAAGGUUUGACGGACAAAUGGAGCGGUUUCGUCGAUAUCCUGACACUGCAUGACACAGCUGCGGAGCGAUCGGUGCGUCAGUGGGUCCCCCGGCGGUUAUCCCGCGAUGAGUAGAAGUGCUAUGCAUUCCGAGACGAUAUAAUGAAAAAAGAAGAGGUUCUUCGGAAAAACGAUCGAGUUGUACUCGUGAAUUUUCGAAUUGGUGACACCAACCCGUCGUCAGACGAAAUGAAGAUAAAAGAGAGAGUGAGACAGUCACACCAGACUAGUCGACACGACAGGACAAACAUUGACGGACGAACCAUUAGCGUGUGAGGAGGGAUGCGGGCAGGGAGUCAUGCUGGGUUCUGAGCCGCUGUGUCGGCGUGCUCGUUGGCCUCCCCCUCGUCAGACGGCGGGCUGAUCGAUCGUUGUUCCUUAGGCGUGGUGUUUCGGGCCUCGCGAGUACGUCCGUGAGGCAGUGUGCCACAACGGUCACGUGGCAUUCGGUCAGCGCCUUCCCCGCUGUCCGCGAGCGUCGGCAGUCGACAUCGUGUGACUGUUUUUAUCCGUGCUGUUGGCCCUUCCUGGACUGACUCGAGCCUUGUGCGGAGCGCCUGGUAUGCGGGAUGUAGGUCUAUGUCUCGGUUGAGUGUGCCAGUCGAGGACCAACUUUCGAGCAUCGGCCUGGCCAUUUUAUCAUUGGAACGGCCGACCACACUCGCUUUCUCAAAGGCGAAACUGGGGUUCCGCUCCAGUGUGUGGCCAUACACCAACGACAGCUUAUCCUUGCGGUUGGUUGCAAGCUGGUGCUCGUGCACUCUUGUGCCGAGGCAUUUUCCCGUUUCACCAGCAUACCUUGCAUCACAAUUUUGGCAUGGGAUGCCGUAGACCACCGCUGAUUUUUCUGUCACCGGUAGCGGGUCUUUGGGCCUCAUGAUCUGCUGUCUGAUUGUUGAUGCUGGUUUAUGGCCCACCCCAAUUCCCUUGGGGUCGCUCAACGGUCGUCAUGGAUAAGACCGAAUACAGAACUAAACUGGAGAACCUGUGUGGGCCGUUUUUUGAGCUGUUAAUUGAAAGUAAUUAAUCCUUUCAAGUUUUGAGACUUACAAAUGUUCCCACAAAGUUGGACUUGCUCCAAACGUUCCUCAUAACGCAGCUCUGUGCAUUUUUCACAGGGUAACGGGCUCGUGGCCCGGUGGGUAGAGGCGUGGACUUCUAAACCAACAGGUCGCGAGUUCGAGGUUCGGGUGUUUUACACUUCGGGCUUGGGUAUGGCUGGCUGACGACGGCUAAUAAGCCAGAAAUGGCCAUUCCAGUCUCCCUUGUCUUUGUCGGCAAUACCAUUCUGCCUACAUUUUUCACAUUGUAGGACGAUGUCCUGCUCCGUAUCUUCUCCCUUCUCGACCUCCGACAUCUUUGUCGCGUCUCGAGUGUAUGUCGGUAAGCCCUUGUCGUCAUCAUAUUCACUACUAGUGUCAUUUUUGCCUCCACGAACAAAGGGCUUCCCCUUUUGUUCUCUCCAUGCUCGAUUGGUCCCUUGCCAUAUUAUUUUUUCAGGUGGCUGUUAAAAUCCUCCCGGAGUAGCCCUAGUUAUGUCAGUCCACCUCAGCCUCAAAGUUUCAUGGCUUUUAAACCGGCGCCUCCGUCCUCUUUUGUUCUUGUGUCAGUUAACCCAUUUUUGAGCAGACUCCCACAACUUAGCUGUCUGUAUCGAAUUCCAGGCAAGUUUUGCUCCAGCACCUGUAAUGACCGGUUUUUAGUAAAUCUCUUCCCUGCUGACCUGAUAACGACGAAUUGCACCAAAUUCCCGCUCACUAGAAUGCCUUCAUCUCGGUACAGGACAGUUCAAUCGUCGUUUCUGACGAUAUCCACCGCGUACCCCACAGCAGGGUGCGGGCGCAGGCUCGGUGACUUGCGCGUGAGUUGGUGUAUAGUGGUAGCAGUAGUAGUAGUGGUAGUAGCAGUGGUGGUAGUAGUAGCAGUAGUGGUGGUGAUGGUAGUAGUAGUAGCGGUGGUGGUGGUAGUAGUAGUGAUAGUAGUAGUAGUGGUGGUGGUGGUAGUAGUAGUAGUAGUAGUAGUAGUGGUGGUGGUAGUGGUAGUAGUAGUGCUGGUGGUGGCCGCACUAGUAGUAGUGUUGAUAGUAGUAGUAAUGUUGGUAGUAUUAGUAGUGGUAACAGUAGUAGUAUUAGUGGUGGUAGUAGUAGUGGUGGUAGUAGUAGUAGUAGUAGUGCUAGUAGUAGUAGUAGUAGUAGCGGUAGUAGUAGUAAUAGUAGUAGUGGUGGUGGUGGUAGUAAUAGUAGUGGUGGUAGUAGUAGUAGUAGUAGUAGUAGUAGUAGUAGUAGUACUGGUGGUGGUGGUGGUAGUAGUAGUAGUAGUACUGGUGAUGGUGGUGGCGGUAGUAGUAGUAGUACUGGUGGUGGUAGUAGUAGUAGUAGUAGUAGUAGUGAUAGUAGUAGUAGUGGUGGUAGUGGUACUAGUAGUAGUAGUAGUAUUAGUAGUAGUAGUGGUAGUAGUAGUAGUAGUAGUAGUACUGGUGGUGGUGGUAGUAGUAGUAGUAGUAGUAGUAGUAGUAGUAGUAGUAGUAGAAGUGCACCCACCACACUUUCAUUUUCACACACCUGGGCCUGGUGUUUAGACAGAGUCCAGAAGACCGUGGGCGGAAUUGAACGCAGAUGGCCGAUGCGGCGUGAGCCCGCGCCUUGGCAUGCCAUCACAGCCCCUGGUCCGCGCACAAAAGAUCAGGAUUCCAAACAAGAAUAAAGCGUAGACUCCUCAGAUCCCAACUCAGUAGGAGUACCAUUAAGGCCUACAUUAAGAAGGAGCGAUUUCAGCCGGGAAGGAGGACCGAGUAAUCCCGUCAGUUGGCAGCCUUCCCUUAGCUCAUCGUGAUAGAUUCAAGCGUGCCAGAUCGUCCGUAGUGGGAAAUAUGCGCUGAGAGAGUCGACCUCACUCACGCCUGCCUCUUUUAGAACCCAGUCCAGUGUCCGGGCUGACAAGUCAACCGAUGAGGAGAUUAGGCGUAGUGGCUGACUCGUCUGCACGUGCCACACACGCGACCUGGUUCCCCGCGCACAACAUACCAGGGGUGCCUAGUGCGCUUGCAGAAACACGUUCAGCAUUAUUCAGUACUUCCGCAAUUUGAUCACCGGACGCAAUUUCAACAUGCCCUACCUAUCUAUCUCCUCGCACUCUACCACAGCCUUUUGCACUACCUACAUUUAGUGAUCUCAAGGAUCAACAUGAUCCCUUUUCAGUCCAGCAAUCGGCAGUGGUUAUGAGUAUUUUGUUUUUUUAGUCGAAAUUGCGUGUAGCGAUGACAUUUGGUCACUUUCUCAGCGCGGGUUUCUUACCAUAGGUUGUGAUCUCGUGCAUGAAAUCGAGUCCGUGAUCGUCUGAACUGACCGCCAGCAACCAACUAACUUCCAAACAUCUCACCUUAUAGGGAUAUCGUGCGUAAUUUUUACAUCUGACCAAUCAGCCACGACUGGUGGGUACGUUUUAGCCCUCGAAUAGCGGUAGGAGUGUUUCCCUUCCGGUUUCAACUUAUCUUCGACGGCGAGAGAAGCCUAAAUAAAACCAGUCCAACAGCCAGGGUGACCACCUGACGACGUAAACGCCUUCCUUCCAUGAAGUACUUUCGAUAUAAUUUAUCCCACGAUCGCUUGGCUGCCUCGACCCAUGGAACUUUGUUUUUUUGCUAAAUAACUGAACCACACUCUAGCAUAUCCUUAUCCCUAUGCGGGUGUAAAUGUGACCGUGCUAGCCGUACUAACUUGCCCCUCCCCCUCUCCAUCCCUCGGCUUGACCGUGAUCCCAGACUGUUUUACCAUCUGGCCAACUACACGAUCGCCCACCUGACCGCCAUCAACCUCCAGCCUUUUUGGCCCAGCCUCAACGACAAUCACCUCCUGCAUCUGGCCAAACGCCUCUCCUCCACACCCACGACACUGAACCCGUCUCCUUCUCUGGGCAUCGGUGCAUCAGCGGGGCGUCGUAUCUACCUGCGCGAGAUGUUGCGAGAACAGACUGACGCCGCCAGCGUCCCCUCAGUACGCUACCACAGCUGGAACGCACGGCAUCACGGCGUGGCCGAGCAGGCCUCUGUCCUCUCCGGUCUUCUGUCACCGUCGUCUUCCAGUGUGUCGAAACGAGUGCGCGGUCUGUCGGCCACCUUCUCCCAACCGACGAAUGCUGCUGCGGCUGAGGCAGAGUCGUUAGCCUCAUCCAACCCCACGGAAAUCAAACACGAGACCGACGCUUGGGAUGAUGGGGAGACGCAGGUGGAUGUCACUGAGCAGAAGCCGGAAGAGGCAUCGGCGCAGAGACUGCGUCGGCUGGAUAUGUCCUGGUGUGGCAAUUAUCGAUGUGUGAGUACUCGUCCCCCCCCCCCCUGCCCGCUGUCCCCUCUCUCAGCAUCAUUCUCCUGUUGCUGUUGUUAGUCCGCUGGUUUUGUUUGAGCAGGAAAUUCCCCCCUCCCCUACACUUGACGUCAUUGGCUCCCCAGGAAGUCCAGUCAGGUCACGCGGACCUUCGGAUGUCGAUAAACCCGGUUUAAUCGUCACACUCGUCGGACAGCAAUUGCGUGACGGCGGAGUGACUUCCUUCCGUUCCUAGAUUUGAGGGUGUAUGCUCCCGCCCAUCCCUCUGGCACACCAACUGAAGAUUCCAGGGUUGAACAGAAAGACUGCGGCCGAAACCCCAUAAGAUGCCCAACAAAAUUCACCUUGCUGCUGUGCCGCCAUGGCGUGUGGCCUUGUUAGACGUGACUCGUUCCCUAGGUUGGCACCGGAUUCGCACUUAAAAGUGCUAUUGACUCGUGAUCCACGACUGCUUAUUUGUUAUACAUGGAAAUUUUCUUUACGCGUAUCUUUCGCUGAAGGUCGUUUAACUGUCCGUCACCCAUGGACGCAGCUGGUUGCGGUUGCCGGGCUAACAGGCAAGCGCCGACGUCAUACGGUUCCUGUCGUUCCGCGGUAUGGUUUCACGAAGUGCAGAUGGAGUCUCUAAAUGUACUUCUUAGGUCAACCUUUAUUGCUCAUCACUCGGCUGCCGCAUGCAAGGGCAUUUAUGUGAGUUUGAGUAGAAGACAGAUUGAGUCCGUUUUGUACUGCCAAAAAGCCAAGUUUUUGAACAGCUCUCCCACUCAACGUGAACUUACUCCGCCUCAGUGCAGGCCUGGUCCACUGGGUGGGUUCUUACUUCGCAGACCCGCUUUUUAUCAUCGCCCUUUCCACUUUGAGUACCUCUGUGUCAGACUGACUGACGAUCAGAACUCACUCACAUGGAAUUAUUUCAGCUGGUCUUGUCUUUGCACGAAGGAAUACCGUUGUCAGCCAGCCAUACCCAACUCCAGGUUUGGACAACCGUCUGCUGGAAUCCGGACGAGCACGUCCCGUAACCUGAUCGACGAACGCACAUUCAUCAUAGUUGAUAUUACCGAUGGAAUCUGACAGGGCGGCAGACCCGUGGCUCAGUGGUGGGGCACCACACUUGAUAGCGCUCAAUGACCGAUAAAUCCGGAUUCGAAUCCCAGAUUAUCUAGGCCUGAGGUUGCGUAUGGCCGGCUGACAGCAGCUACUAAGUCAUGAAUAGCCAUCCCAUCCUUCCUUCAGUAUUACUGGUCAUUGAGCGACGGCCUGCGAGGUCUUUGGAUCGAGCCUCGGAUCGCAGCGGGAUGAGUAUGUCCCGUAAUCUGAUCGGUGAACACACUUCCAUCAUAGCUGUUGCCUUUGUUCGCCAACUUCCUUCACAGCCGUGAUAUCGUAUUAUGCGGUCAUUUAGCAUAAAACACUUUUGCACAGCGUAUGAACAGCCCCUUGGCAACUUCUUCGUCAAGCAUGCUGGGGGGAGGGGGAAGCAUCCUUCUACCUGCAGCACGUAGUUCAAAUCUCAGCCUAAGAAAACCCGACAUGCUUACGCAUGGAAGGCGAAGAAAAGCAGGAACUUGUGGACCAGGUGUAUGGACUUCCUCUAGAAUAAUACGGUCUGCACCGCUGCAGCAUUGCGAUGUUGUCUCGUACUACCCAAAAAAGGUGGAUGAGAUCAUUUUGUCGCAGACUUCAUGUGUCCGCUUCUGUUUCAUGAAAUCCGGCACGGGAGAUGGUGAAGAGGCAGUUUCAUUGAAACAUGGCCUUAUCACACUCCGUCGAGACAGUAAGGUGGUCUCUCGGGUGUUUCUUGCUGAAGAGCGUUAAUCGAGCAGGUGUAGCUCGUCGCGUGUAGUGCAGCGCUACCCACGACAUCGCUGAGACCGAUUACAUCAGGAAUUAACUGAAACCAUAUCAGCUCAAAACUCCCACGUCGGGACUUUCGCGCCCCAGUACUUUCUCGUAUCUUCAUUGGAGGACAGUUGUUUUUAUGCAGGACGCUUCCAGCCUGGAACGGGCGCGCUCCGCGAGCCCCUUGUGCUCUCAUCGACAGCUUCAACCAUUUAAACAAGCGGGCAGUGCCGCCACCGCCCCCGACUGAGCAAAUUUGCGUUCCCUCUUAUCCGACUCACAAGAUGCACCUAAUGCAGUCUGAGCUGCUUUUCUGCCGGACCGCUAAACAAACCUCGCAGAUGUAGGGGAUAGACAAUUCCCACACCGAUGAGGAAAUCUCGAAUUUCGUCUGAGAUGCGAGCGGCCGUACCCAACAAGGCUUCGGGAAGCUCGGGUCAGGUCUGAGUUGUGUUUUUGCUCCUAUGGGCAGUGCCUUUAAGUCGAUGGCUGGCUGGUUACUCUGCCUCUGAAAAGUGUUGACCCAGGCUAAGUGCGCUGCGGCGUGUCAUCUUUCUGGGCCUUGCGGUUUGUUGGCGUCUGUUAUGUCAUGAUUCAGCAAACCGUGGCUCUCGCAGCCUGCUGUGCGCUGCCAGUUCUCUGCCGGUAGAUGCGCUUGCGCUUCUGCUGAGUGUACAAGUCGUGUGCAUGGUUGCCGAGUCAUCCUCCUCCUCUUUCUGACCCAUUUAUUUCGCUGUUCUCUGGUACCUGCCGGUAGAUGCGCUUGCGCUCCCGCUGAGUGUACAGGUCGUUUGCGUGUUUGCCCAGUCAUUCUCCUUUCUCUGACCGGUUUUGUAGUUGUUGCUUAAAAUCUUGGUCAAGUGUUUGUUGUGGACCCGGGGGGUGUGGUGGUACGUCUAGGCGCAGGUUCCGCCGUGCAUGCCACCUGCGCCCACUUCCGCGUCCACGGCCCCAGGUGGGAGGGAGGAGAGUGUGUGUGGUAGAUGCUGUGAAAGUCUGCUCUCACUGCAAACCAACUCACGCACAAGUCGCCGUGCCUGCUCCACCGUGCUGUGGGGCACGCGGUGGACAUCGUCGUCAACGACGGUCGAACUGUCGUGUUGUGUAUGGGCCAAUAAGGUGAGAUAUGGGGUGGAGUGAGGUGUGCGGUCUCCGUGAAGGUAAAGACAGCUUGAUCGUUGAAUUUCAAAAACACGUGCCUCGAAGUCACCGUUCUGGCAUAGAAGCUUGCCCGUCAGUGACCGCCCAUGAUAAAAAAUAUCUGAUGGCCUCUAUGUGAUCGAGGUUCGCUAGUCACAACUAAAGAACAAAAAUGGCUAGCAGCAAGGAAGUCUUUCAUCUCACAGGCAGUUUAAUUGGCUACUAGGGAUCAUUAUCCGAGGUUUGGUUAGGCAGAAGACGACUGAACAUAAUAAGUCGAAAUCGUACUACUUAGUAGUCUCAAAUCAUUCGUCGGAUUUUCUUCGGCGACUGUCGUCAGCUCCCUGGUGGAAUAAACUAUGACCUCCCUUAUUUUGUUCUGCCUACCUCUUCCGGAUGACCGAUAUUCCCUGGGUGACAUUUUAAAACGCAAGGAUAUUUGUAAAGGGUCACGUUUCAGUGUAGUCUGUAGAGUCAGGUCCAACUUCCUUAACUCCAUUUUUGAAUUCAUGCAAAUCGUCAAACAGGUUUGAUGUAUUUUUAGACGUCGCCUGCAUUAUUCGCCUCGAAUGGAGAGCACAUUAAUGGUUAUGACAUCAGAAGAAGAAGCGAUCGCUGGAACAAUGGCUUUAUUCGCCAGACGUUUCGGAUUCUCUCUUGAAUCAAUCAUCAGAGACAGUUGCAGAAAAGGGUGGCUAGUGUACAGGAAGUCGCAGUAUUUAUAGGAUGCGGUCACCAUGCUACCGCAUACCUACAGCAAUUAACCGUGCUCCCUUCAUCAAGGAUUGUUGCCCGCUGCUGCGCUAAUGGCUUGGUGGCCGACAUGCAAGCCGUUACUUGUCAAAAUGUCAUCACCCGUGUUGGAUGCUGGCGUGAUGAUUGCUCGGCCAUCUGGCUAGAUGGCCUAUAAAUACUGCGACUUCCUGUACACUAGCCACCCUUUUCUGCAACUGUCUCUGAUGAUGAAUUCAAGAGAGAAUCCGAAACGUCAGGCGAAUAAAGCCAUUGUUCCAGCGAUCGCUUCUUCUUCUGAUCAACUAGUUCCUGGAACUCGCAUCUUCGCUUGUAUCGGUUAUGACAUCAUCAUUACAUCGUUCGUCUUGCUUAUUUUAUGUUCGGUGUAUUUGAGGAAGAUAGAUAUGCGUAACCUGGAAGCAGGCAUAGGCCCUGAAGUAAAAAAAAAGCGUAGUUUACUUGGUACCAGAGGAAAUAUUUUAAUAUCCAGCUUUACCCUUUACAGGGGGAGGACAAUCUAGCCGAGACAAUGAGACGAACUGGCAUCAAAUCUCCACACAAUUUCCUUAUCCUUGGAGAAAAGUGACUUACGUUAUUUAGGUGCGCUGUAUAUGGCAACGCCCUCUGACUUGUGACCACUUCGGUAGCUCCCCUCCGACAGCUUUGGCGUAUGAUGCAGUUUUGCUUAAUCCUAGGUCUUUAGUUUAUUCCUCCUGCUCGUCCUUUAGUACAACCCUCGUCUCCACUCCCCCUCCCUGCCAUCCCUAGGUCUCUCCACCCUUCUUCUGCCACUUCCUCUCGGAGGCGUGUCAGCAACUUACCUCUCUGCGAUUGGCCGCAUGUCGGAUGGUCACCGAUGACAGUCUGCUGCAUAUCAUAAACACUUGCGGUCUUUUACAAGGUGAGUAGUUUGUUGCCACUCUCUCCCCCUCUGUCCCUGGUUGCCUAUUUGCCGUUUGUUUUUCGGUGUCUCGGAAGCCUUCCUCGUCUUGAUUUCAUAGCAUUGGUGGAUGGCACGGCUUCCCCGCUUCUUCAGCAUUCGAAAGUCGAAUGUAGCCGCUUAGGUUGUCAUAUUUCCUCCCUGUUGAGAUUUUUAGUUCCUUGAGGCUCAUCUUCGGUCCCUGUGAUGCUGUUGGCGGGGCAUUUUGGUUCUGCAUCUGUAGAGGGGGGAGCCUUGCGACGGCUCGUGACUCUACGUGCUCCUGUUUGCCUGUUCACCGCAUCGUGAAUCACGGCCCUCCACUGCGAUCAUGCACUAGGCAGACUCGGGCCACCCGAGUUCAGACAAGUUGACGUCUCAGCCAAUAGGGCCUUCCUUGGGGUUGGUGCGGCUGAGAUGUUAACCCCCCGGGCCGAUUACAGAAACCUGAUCGACCCAACGCAACGGGCGCAGCACUGACACCUUGUGCGGGCUUAUGCAGCAUCUACCGAGCUCUUUCCUCUCUCGUCCACCUUGCUUCGAUGGUGAGACAGUGUUAAUACGACCGGGGAGGGACUCUAGCGCAAUUAUUGGCAAAACGAAUCAGUCCGUCUACGCGGGCCACGCGCGACCUACCCCCAUUACGCGUGUCAGACUUUCGCUAGCGCGUGCGGAUCCCACCCAAAUGAGAAUGUUAUAAGGGCAACACCGGGAGUAUGCCACUGCGGCCUGAAUCUAUUUCCUGGGAACGACUGACUUAUCCCGUCCAUUUUCAGCCCUUCAAACCACGAACGCCUCAGAUUUGUCACAGUGUUGAAAGCUGUUCAUCAGUAUCGCCCACCUUCUCUCUUUUACCUGCCGUACACCAGUCGACUGUCCGUGCCUGUCAGCCCGCUGGCGAUAGGAUUGACCUCGAGCACUGAUGCGACAUGAAGGCCUACGUAUAAGGCGUUCCAUCACAGGCACACACACACACACGUACAGCCGUAGUUAAGAACUCGCGCAGGCUCGGCACAGCCUGAUAAACGCGAACCGCGAGCCACUCUGGCCUGGCAGACCUACGGCACAGGCCGUCGUGGUGACCAAGCGAGUUCGGCUGAUGAUGGAGCAGAAACGCCAUUUCAGACGGGGUAUCUCUUCUCAGCUCACGGGUCAUACCCCACAUUUGCCUAGAAGGAUUAUUUCGAUUGGAUGAUCGUAUAGUCGCAGCCUGGUCUUUCAGCUGAUCUCAUGUCAUAUCCAGAACGCUAGGUAGAUUCGGAAGAAGGCCAACGUAGCCGAUCGCGACGAAUUUCGCAGCCUAUAUGAACUUCGGGAAAGCCGUUGAAGUGCCCCACAACGGGCUCGCUGCAGAUGCGCUGGACCAAAACGGGGCCCAGACUGACUCACGGUGCGCGCUGACCGGGUUGCGUGGUGCUCGCACGAUUCCACACCCACUGGCCUGCGUGUGAUUUGGGACACGUCAUAGACGCCGCCUCAGUCACUGCACCCAAUCCAAUCACCUGCUGGUUGGCAAGCUGGAACGGCCGACUGGUCCGCGGGAGAGGGAACGAAGAGGGAGGCUGACUCGGAGGAAUCAAUGCUCACGACACUAGCGCAUUCCUAACUAUGAUAAAUCGUAGUCUGUCAGGUUGCCAAUUGACGAGGUAACUCGGCGCCUAGUAGGACUAAGGGCCAGGCUCAGGGACUCCCCCUUAAUAUGACACUCACGCACGUGAGAUUCGAUCCGCUUUUAUGGAGGUCCGGCACAUGCUGUGGGAGCUAGGUUGUGCGUGGCACGCGUAGACGGGCUCCUUCGACUUGUCUGACACUGCGCCUAAGCCUGCUUCCAGUCGUUUCGACAGCGUUUUGUUAUCGUAACAAGGUGGGGGUGAGGGGGACGAGUGCGAUAGAAGCUGUGCAAGUCCUCCUCACCUAUCCACUCGCCUGGUCCUCAGUGCUGCACCCGUCCUGUGGGAUGCGCGGUCAAACUUUCGUGGCGGCCGGUGACCGUUUUCAUUUGCUUCACUCGAAACCUCGGUGUUUUUACUGACUUUAUGUUUUUAACAGGGAUGCUGAAGGUCAUUGUCUUGUCUGUGACAACGUCGCUGGUCUGCUCAUCGCUUGCAGCCGGGCGAUGCUCAUCCGUUACUUCUUCAGUCUCAGGUGCCGCGAGUUUGAUCGCCUGACCUAAGUGCACUUCCUUGAUCCACAUAGAGCAGUUGUCACCGCAGCAUCUGACGACUGCACGUGAAUCGUGGUCUUUCCGGCCUGCGAUUUGGCGCACCUUGAAAGAUCGCACCACUGACAAGUAGGGUAAUUACGAAUUCACCAAGUGCAACAGCGUCGGAGUUUGAGGUUGCAGUAAAGGCCUAUCGGCACGACGCUUCACGAGACUAUGAUGCACGUGUCGCUCACAUUUCCGAAGCCACAUAAGAGCAGUUAGCCUGUCUCACCUCAUCCGGUGGAGUUGUUUGUGACUCCUGGUUUACUUACACUAGAGUGGCCAGUUGUGCUAUGACGCAUGUUGGCGAGAGUUCUAGACCAGUUCAGCCACCGUCUAGACCGCUCUACAGUUUCCUUGAUCCUCCUUGUCGUCUUGGAUGGACAAGCUCUCAGGUACAGUCCUUGAGAACCAUGGGCUCUACUGACGUCGCCGUUUGAUGGGACCCCGACGGGCCGUUAAUCAAAAUUAUUUAUUUAUUUAUUAUUUAAUAUAACUUGUCAAUCUCGGAGACGCGUUUACUUUGUGUCAUCUUUUGCCUUUUCUUUUUUUCCUAGAACUUGAUCUCUCCUCGUGCCGGUCAGUGACAAGUGCUGGUUUUGUGCCUCUGGGCCGUCUGAUUCAUCUGCGCUGGCUCAGUCUCUAUCGAACCCAGGUAGAUGAACAGGCUCUCACCAAUCUGGCCAACCUGUGCCAGUACUUGCGUCACCUGAGUCUGGGGUCUUGUGGAUCUAUUGCAAAUGUGGACCCGGUUAUCGCUCAGAUUGCGGCCAAUAACCCGUUAGUCUUUUUUGUCCUUCUUCUUUGCUGCCAUGAAAUUUAACUGUUUUGCCAGCAAGAUUACGAUGUGUCCUUGUGCCCGCCCUUACACCUCCUUUGCCUCAAGACUGUUGGAAUCGCUGGAUCUCUGGCGCUGUCGUUCACUCACCGCGGAAGGACUAAUGCGAUUGGCUGACUCUUCGCCGAGUCUGCAGCACCUUGAUCUAGGCUGGUGCUCGGGGGUUGAGUCGCAGCCCUCUAAUUGCUUUGCCUACCUCGUCUCCAGGUGUCCGAACCUCCGGACAAUGAAUCUCACUUCCAUUCGGUACGUGAUUAUUUUCGGCUCUUUACGUCUUGGUAUCCACCAGUAGUCCGUAACAUUAAUCAAUCAUGCCUACUUGAUUGUUUUAAGUAGUACAAUAAGUUUCACUGCGUAUGGCCUCGUAAAUUCCGACUCUAUCUCUUUCUUUACGUUUUAGUGUCCAAUGUUACUGCCAUUUGGUCAUGCCAGCGUUCCAUAGACCAGUUGUUUUUCUCUUCUGCAGUUGAAAAUAGGGAAUCCACCAGUAGUCCGUAACAUCAAUCAAUUAUGUCUACUUAAUUGCUAUAGGUAGUAUUUACGUUUCGCCGUAUACGGCCUCGUACAUUCCUACGUAUUUUCCGUAGUCAUGUGCUUUUCCCAACUUCGCAUAAUACGAACUCCGUUUUGCAGCGACAAGGCCCACUGAUCUUGCACUUCUGGCAGCACUACUCAUGAGUGUUUCAGCCAACUUCAUGUAGCGUGCAAGUAGUAAGUGUAGGCAGAGCGCCACAACAAUCACGGCUGAGUCCCAUUUUAAAGGAGAAGAGGAUGGACACCACUAGUGAUCGUGUAUUCCGCUCAGAAACUAGAUUGUAACCUGAACCCCAACGUGCGACCUACUCCGGGACUGCGCGCGCAUCUAUCCGCCAGGGUGACGUUGGCGUGGAGGAAUAAGAGCUACAUCCGAGUCGGUCGCUGUCAGCUUGGUCAGUCGAUUGGGUGAUAGCAGAAUUUUUGUAGGCGCUUGUGAUUGGCGACCCUGGAGGGGCUGCAUGUGUGCAUGUUCGGCCUUCUCGGCACUGUAAUCACCUGAUUCUUACUGUGACAUAAGCAAUUCAGGCGCUACAGUAUGAUGAGUAAUCGCCUUCCCCACUGCAGUGGGUCAGCAGUCGACGGUGAACCAACCGAUACUCCAGCCACUUGACUUUUAAUUGGUCUCAUGGACAUCGAGAGUAAGUCCCGGAAGUGUCGGCUUUCAGCAGAGAGCAGACAGCACGUUCGAUUGGUUUUCUUAGUUACAAACCAUAUCCGUUCAUCAUCAAAAGUGCAGUGGAAAAGACCAAUUUGGAGAAUUGGGCGCAAGAAACGUCGACCGAACACGCCCAAGCGACGAAUAUCCUGGAGAGCGGAAGUCAUGUAUCGGCGGAAGGUCCGUGGUCCUCGUUUUGCGUAUGUCACGACCAUUUCAAAAUUUUGACGGAGUCGAACGAGAGUCUUCUCUGCAGCACAGGCUACCCACCAAUCUACCUGUAGACAUAAGAGGUUUACGUGUUCACAUAGGUGAGUAAGACCUGGGAUCAGAGCCUACGAUAUCACCUGUGAAAUUUGAGCGUUCACGUCAAUCUGGCGUUCGACAAGGUUGUAUCCUGUCGCCCAUUCUGAUCAACUACGCCAUCGACUGGAUUCUUGAAAGAUCCCUACAUGGUUUUAGCGGCGUUGAGUUUGCACCCGGACGCCGACUAACUGAUCUUGACUACAUUGACGAUGUCAUUUGACUACCCUCAGGCCUUGAUGAGCUGCAGCCUGUGGUAAGUGGAGUCAUUAAAUCUGUCAGUUUAUCCAUAAACCCAGCGAAGACCAAAGUGCUUUCGAGCUGCAUUCCUGAUCGGGAGAGGACAACCCGUUGGGAUCAAUGGCUGUCACCUCGAAGAAGUAGACAAUUCCGGAUAUCUCUGGCGAGAGGCUGCUGCCGAAUGAGCAGACCUGAGUGUACCGUUCGUCCGUCCGGUCAGUCCUCUACAGUUGCGAAUGCUGGGUUAUCCACGUAGAAGAUGAGUGAAAUCUGGAGGCAUUCGACCUCCACUGCCUGAGGACCAUUCUUCGAGUGAAGUGCACCGACUUUGUCUCAAAUGCGUUAGUCUGCACUCGCUGCAACAGUAUGGCAAGGCCGUCCAAGAAAGACCACCGAGGUAGCUUGGGCACAUUCUCCAUCGUCUGCUUCAUGAGCUCAAAUUUGCCGCUCCAGAUCUUGCGCCGUUGUCAACGAAGAGAAGGCUAGCAUAAAACCUGGCUCGACACAGUACACCAAGACGUGGGAGAAGUUCUUGGUCCUUCGGCAUUCAGUCUCCACCGCUAAAAGCGGCAGUGGGUGGGGCUGCCCUGAUCCGCUGUUGCAGAUCGUUACGCGUGUAGAGGUACACUUCGCGGCGUCUUUAUGGGCGACUAGAUCAGACACAAUCACAGUUGUGCAAAGUACAAUGUACGGUCUUCCUUAAAUGAAAAAUGCCCAGCUUGCAGCUGAGGUUCACGAAGACUGAAGAUCUAAAAAUUCUUAAGACCGAAAAUUGUCCUUUCUUCGGACACGAGAUCGGAAGAAGAUUUAAUUUGCCAUCAAAUGAGUGCAAGAAAAGAUAUUUUUCUGCACGUUUCCUACAAAAUAAACUGGAAUGUACAAGGGCAUCGAAAAUCGUUUGGAUAAAUUCCUCCUGCUUAAGGAGCCACUUUUUAGCUAAUAUAUUUUAUCGCAGGUGGCUAUCAUUUAAAAGCCGGCAUUCUGGUGUAACCAGUAUUUCACCGCCGCCCAAGUAUUGCUAUCUAACGAAAAACACAUUCGAAGUUUCGGUCAACAGCUCAUGAGAUACGCCACACCGCCGCCCUCCACUGCUACUGUUUGUUGAAGCGCCUUGAAGGUCUUGGACAGUUUUACUCCGAAAUUCCCCGAGUUCGUGCUGUGCAGACCAUGUGUUCUCAUUAUACCAGCACCUUAAACCAGUCGUCCAAUUCUUUUCAGUGACUUCCGUUGUGGUUUACCGCUCCCCUGAUUCCCUGCAAGACAGUUGUUUUUGACAGAAGACGCCUCAAGCGAUCGUCAGUUCGGCAAAACAGUAGGAGACAGCCAAGCCCAAACUCUCUCAUGUGUUUUACAUCGGCGUUUAACACCGACCGAGCCUUCUUGUCAAUACUUUCCUUUUUGGCAUCACGCAUUGCAGGGAAGGUUAGAACCAAGCGGACAGGCUUUUGCACGAUCGCGCGGCCGGGCCUAACCAAGUGAACAAGUCGGCAUAUCAAACGUGUCCUGCCACGCGUGGGCAAGGGUUCGCCUUGCCUGUUUUGGUCUCUCGAUUCUCUUCAGCACCGGGAUCGUCGCGUAUUGCCCCCCCCCUUCCUCUGGGUACUCUCUGUUGGUUGUCUAAGGAGGCCGCUGUUUGCAUCAAGUCAGCGUCCAGCGUUAGUUCCUGCACUGCGGCGUACACGACGGCAUCACAGUGGCACGCACGAACCGCCAUAUUUGUCCUUACAUUCCUUGCCGGGCAUUUUCCCACUUUAACAAAUGAAACUGCUGCUCGAGCACUGUGAGGGCAGCUCAACUGUUUACCCUUCUAAUUGACAGUACAUCGUGCUGACUACGUCCCCACACCCUUCAGGAACAUGCGUUUCAAGUGAGACCUGCAUUUCCCGCUUCGUCGGUGUUGAGGACUCUCUCCGCCGAAACAUUUGCUGGUUUCAAUAUAAGGACCUCCUCCUCCUCCUUCUCCUCCUCCUCCUCCUCCUCCUUUACUCUGGUCGUAAAUUGCCAACGUCGAAAGUUACAGUGUCUCCGUUACUGAAUCCUAAUUCGUUCCAUUCAUUCUUUUCAGUUCUAUUUGUGAGACCGAUCUGCAAGCCUUUGGGGAGGGUCUGGAGGACAGCCUGGAGAGUCUAGAACUUGUUGGCAACGGUUUGAUCACCCAGACCGCCGUAGAGACCCUGUUGUCACAAUGCAAGAACCUCCAGUUCCUCGAUCUCUCCAACUGUCCCGGCAUCUCCCUGCGCGCCUUUCUCUGCCUCUGCGCGAAUCACCCCACCUGCAAAAUUGUCUCCAACUACCAUGCCUUCGUGUCGGCCGCUCGUGGCGCCGCCGCCGCCGCUGCCGCCACCACCAGCAGCAGCCCUGCGGAGCUUCCGCCGGCCAGGAACCUCCAGUCCCUGCCCGCACCUCCGCUCCGGCCUGUUGUGAUUGAACCGGAUGAAGGGUCCUGA